CCUAACCAACCAUGGCAUACCCAACCUCUUUCCUAUUCCUCUCAUUGCUUCUAUUUUUUUGUGUUUCAACCUUGCAAGCACACAAACUAGACCACAAGCCCAACGAAACCACACUAACCUAUCUCCCAAGAUUUCCAUAUCCACACAAGAAACUCAUGAACACCAUAGACUCUUGUUGGCGAUCGAACCCUAAUUGGGCUUGGGACAGACAAGCCUUAGCCGACUGUGCAAUAGGUUUUGGCAACGGGGCCAUGGGAGGGAAGUACGGUACAACCUAUGUCGUCACCGACCCCUCUGAUGACUCCGUGAAUCCAAAACAAGGCACGCUUCGAUAUGGUGUGAUCCAAUCAGAGCCACUUUGGAUAGUUUUCGAAAGGGACAUGUUUCUCACUCUAAAGAAUGAGCUUAUGGUUAACAAUUUCAAGACUAUAGAUGGGAGAGGUGUGAAAGUUGAGAUAGCGAAUGGACCAUGUAUUACGGUGGAAGGUGUGAGCCAUGUGAUUAUACAUGGGAUUAGCAUUCAUGAUUGUAAACCAGGGAAGCCUGGGCUGGUUCGAAGCACGGCUGAGCACGUUGGUCAUAGGUUGGGAUCGGAUGGAGAUGCGAUUAGCGUGUUUGCGUCUUCGAAUAUAUGGAUUGAUCACUGUUAUCUUGCUCGUUGCACAGAUGGACUUGUUGAUAUCAUUCAUGCCUCUACUGCUGUUACUGUCUCUAACAACUACUUCACCCAACAUGACAAAGUGAUGUUGCUUGGACAUAAAGACGGCUACAGUGCAGACAGAAUCAUGAAAAUCACAGUAGUUUUUAACCACUUUGGCCCUGGUCUUGUUCAAAGGAUGCCAAGGGUCAGGUAUGGCUAUGCUCAUGUCGCUAACAAUAGGUACGAUGAAUAUCUAAUGUAUGCAAUUGGGGGGAGCUCUGAUCCGACUAUAUUAAGUGAAGGAAACUAUUUUGUAGCUUCAAAUGAUCCUUAUGCUAAAGAAGUUACAAAGAGAGAGACCAAUGGAGGAUGGAAGAAUUGGAAAUGGAGGUCUUCAAAGGAUGUAUUUGAGAAUGGAGCUUAUUUUGUUCCAUCUGGAUAUGGAAGCUGUGCCCCUCUUUACUCCGCGUCUCAGCUGUUUACCGCUGCUCAAGGAUCCUUUGUUCCCAUUUUAACCUCUGAUGCAGGCCCUCUGCAAUGUGUUCCUAGUAGACCAUGUUAUUAAUUUAUUUAAAAACAUUGCAUUGCAAUAUUAUAUUUUAUACU